CUACCUACCUGGCUCAACACAAAGUACAAAAUGCAGUCAGACUGGAAUCCAAUCCAGUUUCUGCUUUAGAACCAGGAACUGGAACUUGUUCUGUGUCUCGAAGACAUUCUCGCUGCAAGGAUCGGGUGGCUAACUAUUGGAUCUAUGUUCUUUCCCCCAAAAAAGAUCUUUCCUGAGAUUUCAAGACAGGCAAUUGGAUGAAAAGUUUCUUUAUAAAGAAAGGAAUGAACUUUGGCAGUUCUGUAACUUGUCCAGUCAAUUCCCCCAGUUUUCCGGAGGUGACCCAGACUGAGUUAAACAUCUUUUAAAACUUCUGCUACUCUGGGACACUUUGUUGAAUAAAUGUGGCCGUGUUGGAUCAUUAUCCUAAGUCUCUCCAUGGCUGGAUCAUCUACGCAUGGAAUUGAGUCCGCCACAAAUGUGAUCUUCCAGUCCGUUAACUUCAAAAAUAUCCUCAUUUGGUAUCAGAAAGGCAACUUCUCUCCAGGAGCUGUAUAUGAUGUGCAGUAUAAAAUCUACGGAGAUGAAUUGUGGAAAAAUAAAACAGAAUGCCAACACAUCACAGCCUGCGAAUGUGACCUAACCAAUGAGACUGAGAAAGAUAUAGAAUGGUUCUAUGCAAGAGUGAUCUCAAACAGGACUAAUUCAACAUGGUCUUUAUCUGAGCGAUUCUGCCCCUUUGAGAACACUACGAUAGAAGCACCUGGUAUAAAGUACAAGACAAGUGCGAGGUCGAUUUCCAUUUCAGUGGAGCUUCCUAAAUUUCCAUGUUCCAGGAAAAGCUCCUGUUCCAUUGAAGGCAAAUUUGGAACCACUGAAUAUUCUGUCAAACUUCGGCGCAAACACUCAAAUGAAACGCAAACAUACAGGUCAGCAACAAGGGAGCAUCUUAAAAUCGAAACGUUGGAGCCAGAAACAUACUACUGUGGGACAGUCCAGCUUCUGUUAGAGCGUAACAUAAAUAAAAAACAGAGUAAAACUGUCGAAUUCUGCUUCUAUACGUUGAAAGAUGUGCCCUACAAUAUACUGGUGGUAUUUCUAUUCCUUGGAACAGUGAUUAUUUCCACAAUUUGCUGUUUGGCAUACCGUUAUGUAACACUUGGGCAAAGAUUACCAGCAUCUCUGAAUUUAGGAUCACUGCUUAACAGGAAUCCCUCAACACCAACAUUGAGCCUGGUUACAAGAAGUGAGAGCACGGAAGGAGAUUAUGAGUUCCAGCAAGUCAUCUCCAUGAAAGACAUCCGUCAUUUAGCGGAUCCAGAGCAGAACCAUCGAUGCAAAUCGGUUGCCUCGGUAAACCCGGGUAAGACCUGGGUACCCCAACCCCAGUCCAGCUCACAACAGGGGGACUUUACAGCAAACCAUCAGCGUGCAAAUGUGAGGCAUUCAUCCCCUCAAGCAGUUAGCAGCGUAAACUCUUCACCAUAUUGUCCACAGCUAGCAGCGAGUUUGCAAACUACUGGAUAUGCAAGUCAGAAUGGAUCGGUCCCACUGACUCAAACCUACGGCACAAUUCUGACUGGGUCACCAAAGAAUUCUAACUGCUUGAAUGCUGAUAUGCAGCUGGACAAUGAAGGGAGUCCAUUGCGAGUGGCAAGUGAAGUCUACCUUUCCAAUAAUGGGGUCUCGUUGGCAGAAAGGGGCUUCGCGUUGGAUUUAAAAUACGUCGUAAAUAAUGGGGAGCAAGCAGCUUUGCUACAAACCGUGAAGGACGAGACACUGAGCCAGUUGCAAACUCUGAUGCCUCUUAUCGAGAGCGAGAUACCAGCAUUUCAAUACACUCGACAGGAAAGCCAACUGAUAGGCAAACCAACCUCACCUUCACCGCCUGCUACAGAUGUUCUUGAAGGAUGGGAAAUACAGGUUCUCAUGGAAGACUAACCAACCGCAAAUGCACUCUUUCACAUUUAAUCAGACUUGUUUUACUUUGGCGAUUCCUCUCCCAAGGCUAAUAAGCUCUUAAACAAAAAUGAUUUGACCCGUCAAUCCAUUUCCUUCGUCCACACGCCUCUGUUUACCUAGCAGUAAGUAGGAACCCGUUUAUUAGUUGAUUGGCAGAUCGCUUUCCAGGGUAAUAAUCCCACCCCCAAGUCAUUCAAUCCACGACUGUUUGUGGGACACUGCUGUGCGCAAUUAACUGUCACUUUUCGCCCACAAUAUAUACAGUGAAUUCACUUUUUUUCCCGAUAUUCUGUGAAGCUCAUUGAGAAGUCUCGAAGGCGUCAUAAGGCGCUAUAUCAAAUGCAAGGAUUACUAGUAAUAUUAUUAUUAAUAUUGUGUUAUUUUACCUUCAAGGAUUCAAAGGCCCACCUCUUCCCCUAUUUCUCCCAUUACAAAUCUGUUGUGAUUUCCAUCUGCUAUGGACUGGCCAAGUAUCACUUCACUGACCUCCUCUGACGAUGCUCAUGUGCUUCUGUUGGGAAGAUUCAGUUGGAAACUCACGCACAGUCUUAAGUUGCUGUCUUUGCUGUGGUACCACUUUGACCCAGUGGUUUCUCUGAACAUGUGGACAACCUUAGGAAAUGUAAUUUUAAAAAUUGUUUUUGACCCUCUCGAAUCUUGCGAACCUUGUAAAUAGAGAGCAGAUGAAGUGGAUCAUUGAGCCAAUUGAUUCAUAAUGAAACAUUUUCGGAAAUAAAGAUUUUUUUUUACAUA